UGCCUCUGUGGAAACACACACACCGCACAGGCUCACACUUGCAGAGUGGACUUCGUGUGUCUGACGCGUCAGUUUGAGGAGCGGCGUUUCGGUGUUCGGUGGAUUUAAACCCGACCUCUUUACCUUUGCCCUUCUUUUCAGCACCCCGAAGACUGCAGCCACCAUUGGAUCUUUGGCGUGGAUGUGUUUUUUAAACUGCAUUUAGCGGGCAGGAACGCAAACACAAAAGCAAGACCGCCACCUGAGAGCAAACAAAGCAGAGGUGCCUCGGCUGGUCUGUUUGGAACCUGACAGAUAGCAUAGCAUGAACAGAAUAGCGGCAAUCUUGAUGACCACUGCUCAGAGUUUAGUGCGGAUCAAAUCCACCAGCAAAAAACAGGCGGGCUUCUAAUCCAGAAAGGAUUCUUCGUUUUUGUGCGAAGCGUCUGCUCACCGUGUGCGAGGAGGACCUGUGGGAAUACAAGGAUCAAGUCAAGGGCACGUUCACUACCUCGCCGCAUCCCCUUCCCUCUUCCAAAGAUGUCGGCGAGGAUAGAAAGCUGAGCUCCGGAGUCUGGUCGAGCUUCAUGAAUUCCGAGGAAAGUUAAAACAAACACUGUUGCUUCGUGUUUGUUGCUGCAAGGGUAGGAUAACCAUGUGGACAUUAGCGGCAGGCGCGGGCAGCCUUGCGGUUGCCGCCCUCCUGUUGGCCCUCUGCGUCCAAUCAGCAACAACCAUGGACGACGACGUGAUGCCGCGAAUCACUUUCCCAUACAAUGUGAAGGAGAGAUCGGCCAAGAGGUUUUCUGCCGAGGGCGUCUUCAAUUACACAUCGCUGCUGCUUAGCCAGGAGGACGACAUGCUGUACGUGGGGGCCCGGGAGGCGCUGUUUGCCCUCAGCCUCUCCGACAUCAGCAGGAUUAAGCUGCAGAAAAAUCUAACUUGGGCUACGCCGCUUGGAAAGAGAGAAGAGUGCAGCUUCAAAGGGAAGAACCUCAAGACUGAUUGCUUCAAUUACAUCAAGAUUCUGCUGCGUCUCAACAGCACGCACCUGUACGUGUGCGGCACCUACGCCUUCAGUCCAGUUUGCAGCUACAUUAACACGUCCACGUUCACCCUGGCGAGGGAUGAUGUCGGUGAGGUGGCGAUGGAGGAUGGACGUAGCCGCUGCCCUUUUAAUCCUGAAUAUAAAUCCACUGCCAUCAUUGUCGAUGGUGAGUUGUACACAGGCACAGUCAGCAACUUCCAGGGCAACGAGCCUGUCAUUUAUAAGAGUUUGGGCCAAGGAACGGCACUAAAGACGGAAAACUCUUUAAAAUGGCUGCAAGAUCCCAUCUUCGUGGGCUCGGCUUACAUAGAAGAGAGUCAGCCAAUAGGGAACCCCGUGGGCGAUGACGACAAGAUUUACUUCUUCUUCAGCGAGGCGGGGAAGGAAUUUGACUUCUUCGACAACACCAUUGUGUCGAGGAUCGCUCGCGUGUGCAAGGGAGACAGAGGUGGUGAGCGUGUGCUGCAGAAGAAGUGGACCACCUUCCUGAAGGCUCAGCUCCUGUGUUCCCUGCCCGAUGACGGUUUCCCUUUCAACAUCAUCCAGGACAUGUUUGUCUUGAAGCCCAUGGGAGACAGCUGGGAGAGCACCGUCUUCUACGGCGUUUUCACAUCACAGUGGUACAAAGGCGCGUCGGGCAGCUCAGCAGUUUGUGCCUUCACCAUGGCACAGGUGGAACGGGCCUUCAGUGGGCGCUACAGGCAGGUCAACAGGGAGACCCAGCAGUGGUACACGUACAACCACGCUGCACCAGAACCACGACCCGGAGCGUGUGUGACCAACCACGCCAGGCAAAUGGGAAUCCAGUCGUCCUUGCACAUGCCUGAUAAGGUGCUCAACUUUGUAAAGGAUCAUUUCCUGAUGGACAGCGUGAUCCGCAGCGCCCCCUUGCUGCUGAAACGCAGCGUGCGCUACACGCAGAUUGCCGUUCACAAGAUCCAGGGCAUGGAGAGGGCCUACGACGUGCUCUUCAUCGGAACAGAUGACGGAAAGCUGCACAAGGCCAUCAACACCAACGACAAGAUGCACAUCAUCGAAGAGAUGGUUCUGUUUGCUGACCCGCAGCCCGUGCAACACAUCGAACUGGACCCUCAGAGAGGCCUUCUGUUUGUGUCGUCAUACUCUGGCCUGGUGGAGGUACCCGUGGCCAAUUGCUCCAACUACCCGAGCUGCGGCGAGUGUGUCCUGUCCAGAGACCCUUACUGCGCCUGGACCGGACGCCUUUGUCGGGACGUUAGGAUGGCACCGCCUGACAGCCACUGGCAGCAAGAUGUGGAGGAGGCUGACACAUCGGCAAUUUGUAAUAGGACGCUCUCAGGCCCGAGAUCUGCCCGACCAGCAACUGCCCGUGGGUCCCGUUGCCAGCUUAUCACAAUUCCUCCCAACACAUUCCGGGUGUUGCCCUGCAAGCUGCGCUCCAACCUGGCCCGGAGGAAGUGGCGUUACAGCGACGGCGCCAGUCAGUCCCUGUACGCCACGCCCGAGGGCAGCCUAGUGGUGGUGGCGCAGGCCGACAAGAUGGAGACCUACGAGUGCUGGUCGGAGGAGGAGAGCUUCCGCCAGCUGCUGGCCAACUACUGCGUGAGAGCGGAACCGCGGCAGGAGAGCGCCACGGCGGCGGUGGGCCACUCGCGCACGCCGCACGUGAGGCUCGAGGAGGUCAUGAUCCUUCCUGGCGAGUCUCGCUCGGAGCAGAUCCACACAAAGACCUACUGGAACGAGCUCAUUGUGGUGUGCGCGCUGCUCGCCUUCUCCCUCGUUGUCUUCUCCUUGUUCGUCAUCUACCGCAACCGCGACCACAUGAAGUCCAUGCUCAAGCAGGGCGAGCGCGCCAGUAUGCAGCAGAAGAAGCCCAGGAUAGCCAGCAAGCCCACGGAGAGCCUGCCGCUCAACGGCAACACCAUCCCCGUGUCCACAUCGGACCACAAGGGCUACCAGACGCUCAACGACAACUACAUCUGCAGCACGCCCACCAGGGAGUCCUCGCCGGAGAGCAAGAGCUUCUCCGACGCUUCCGACGGCCGGCCGCUCAACGUCAAGGAGAGCCACGUGGAGUACUCGCCCACUUGUCCCCGGCCCAGAGUGCGGUUAGGCUCGGAGAUUAAAGACUCCAUCGUGUGAGACCAUCACUGGCGGCUUUUUAUUUUGCUCCUUGUCUUUGCUUUCCAGCUGCACGUGGGAUGGGAAGAGCAGCUCCAGCAAGGAUUGAGGACUUGGCAGCUGCUCUCCACUAGUUUUAGUCAUUUCCUCAUGUCCACUAAUUGCAUCCAAUAUGCGUGCACAGAGCGGCAAAGCAAGACACAAGACGCUCGCUCAGCAUUUAUGUCUUCAAGUCAAUUGUCCUUAGACGUCUACUGCCCCCGGCCACACAAGAGCCACCAAAUUCAGGUUCAAGAAUGACAACAACAAAAAAGCAUUCUCACAAACAGUGUGUGGAUGAUGACCGACGAUGAGACUGUAAGACAUCGUAUCAAAUCAAAGGCAUGGUGACAUGGGCAGCAAACAAGCUGACGUGUACCUUCCUGAAUGUAUGGCCAGAACAGAGGAUUCCAUUCAUGCCACGGAACGUCGGAUGGCGAGCGUCAACGCGGAAUCGUACAGGUACUACGAUGAGUAUGAAAUAUGGGAGAAUGAAGCGGGGGUACAUGCACACUGAUCUCAUUUUUCCUCCCUUGAUCCAAGCCAGGAAAGACCUCCUUUUUUGAGAAGCCACUGAACGAUUAGCCUGAGCGAUUAGCCUGCGGUGUCUUUUCAGGAAACAAAAACCGUAAAUGUUUCACCUUUUCAAUUCUUUACGAGUUUAUGCAAUUGUUUAUCUUGUGGUGAACACUGAGAUGGGUCAAUCCACUGGCUCCGUGAUUGUGACAACAAGAGCCAAUGAGAAAGCUCGCUGAUGCUGAUGCUAAUGCUAAUGCUGGAGCUGGUGCCUGACACAAAUAGAGGAGCAAAUGGUCAUGUUGAGUCUUUGGAGAACUUGUCUGAGACAUCAUCCUACACUAUUAACAUGACAAGGAAACAAGUAGAAGAGUUAUCAACCACAAUAUACUCUAUAGUGACCAGACCCUUGGGCUGUGUUCGGAAUCAUUCGCUAAUUUCCCUACUCCCAAAUAACAGUAAAGGAAUUUCUAUAUGAUGGACGACAGUGAAUAUGAACCAUAUUCCUAUAAUAUAAACUCCACACUGGAAGGCCCAGAAGUGAAAAUAAUUUUUGGAACACCACUGGGGCUUUUGACGUCAAUUGCUGUUGCAUAAUUAGCCAGUUAGCCAGCCAUUGGCCAAAAUUUUUUUCAUUGGUGGAAAGCCCUCACGAUACGUUUGAACAGCACAAUAAAACAACCAUCUCUAUUGUGGCUAGCCUGAUUCCGAACACAGCCUCAACCAGUCCUCUAUUUCUUCGUUGUAUUUUUUUCUGGUCUUGUUAGGUGCCCCGUGGCACCAUUAGGCCUUUCACAGUUCAGCCUUGGCACUGUGACAGACAUUGUUAACGUGUGGAGAGUGUGCUGUGAGGAUCAUCUUGAGUAAUACUCUACAUGGAGAUGAGGAGGAACACACUUUUGGAUUUUCUUGUCAUGUGUAAAAGUCGGUACGUGUAUACCCCGCUUUACUUAACAGAAAGCCAAGGAGUUUAAAAAAUAAAUACAUAAAAAAAAAUCUUCAGGGUCGCACUGAACCAUCCUAUGUUCUGUGCCAAAAAAAAAAGCAAUUAACUUGCAAUAGUGCCAUUGUGUUGUGAUGACCUCUCCCACCUUCAUUUUAGGAUUGCAAAGAGCACACAGAGGCUUUUGGUAAAGGCACUCAAGUACAUUGUGUUCAGUGGAGUUUUUAUACGAAUAAAAAAAAACAGUUGGUUGCAGACCACUUAGGUAGACACAAACCAGCAAAUCUACACGGCCCUCCCUUACUCUCUGCUUCUCUUACUACAACAAUGUAUUCAACUGUGUAGACCACAAAAAAAGUCUAAACUAAAAUAGAAUCUGUUAGCUAGCAGGUACAGUAAUUUUCAAAAAUCAGGAUUGUUUUUCCUGGUCACGUCACAUGUUUUUUUAUGGUCACUUGUUGCUAUAGCCAGGACCUAAAAAUGAGCCCAGUGAAAAAGCCUGAAUUCCGGUUCCUGACGCCUCUUCAUGUCCUUUACUCCACAUUAGGUCACCAUUGAAUGUGACUGCCAUAUUGGUCCUAUAUAUCCAAAUUUUGAUCCAAUUAAAAUGUUAUAUUUCAUUAGUUUUUGAAUUUAAAAAAUGCUGUUUAUCAGUCAGUGACAACAAAUGAGUUGCAGCAGCCAUUCACGGAAAAGGAUGGGGAGAUAUGGCAGAAAACAGGAAGUCAUCAGACGCAUACUGAGGACCUGUUUCCAGAAUCUUGAGUUUAUUCACAAUUUAGUCACUUCUGAGUAUGAAAUAUUAAAUUAGCCUUCUGCUGGAUUCAGUUUGGCACUGUCAUAGGUCAAAGAAAACCCCGCAUCUUCAAAUUUUUGAUUAGCUUUACUCCCAGAAAUAUUUUAUUUCCAUGUUCGUGUUUCGGAUACUGACCUACCGCAAAGAAAGGACAGGGAAAGUUGGCAGAAUACGGAAGGUUAGUCUUAUAUAGAUGAGAUUAUGAAACUAGUCUUUUUACAUUUGUUUGUUUGUUGCAAUCCUAAUUUUUCUUUCUUGCAUGUUCAUGUUUUGGAUCAUUUAUAUUCACUUGGAAUUUUGGAAAGACUCAGCUGCCCUGCAUAAAGCAGAGAACAUGAGAUCAGUCAAAUGGGAAAUACUAAAGAUCAAGUCGUUCUUAUUAUUUAUUUAUUUUUUUGAUGGGAGACCAUCUGAAUGUUCUGAACUCCUGCUUUCUGCCAUCGCCGUCUUGAGCAGAAUAACCCCGUGAUUGGACUUUAGCGCAGAUGGAGCUCAACCUCCCCAUAGUUGACAUCAUGUUCCACUAGCACAUCCUUUUUAGAAAGCAAAUUUUAAAAAUGUAUCAACUUUCUUAUCGAUUAAUAGUUCGAUUAUUUUGCCAAAACCUACUUUGACGAAUGUAAUACAGUAGUUUGAGGGGUGGAUGUAAAGAUGAUCUCAAUAUGAGCCCCCCUGACCCCCACUCCAGGUUUCUGCAUGCACAUCCCCCAUCAUCAUUGGAGUCCAUGUGAAAGCACAAAUAAUCAAAGGUGUUUGUACAGAAUGACAUAUUAAAAUGCAACUACUGAGAAAAUAAUAAUACAGGGACCAUCGUGAACAUUCUGUGUACAC